UAGUUGAAUUUGUGCCAAAAUGCUACCACGUUCGCUGUUGCUUUCAAUUGGAGGAGUAUUAAUACUUUUGAUCGUGGACCAGUGCAAUGGAAAGCGCAAGUGGGACUACGAACCUCUAUCUAUUGAAACCUACUCUACGGAUGAAAGUAUGCUGAAGAUAGAGGCCAAAGUGGACCGAGUUGGCCGGGGAGAAUAUGCCAUUUCGGCCAACAUCGAAUUUAAGUACACGCCAGACGAAAAUACCAUGGUUCAAGCAUCGGCCUAUCGAAGCAGCUCCGGAGAAGAAAACGACUACAAGAUUAUCCCCCUUAGCAUUCCGAAACAGCCAUAUUCCGAGUUCAUGAACAACCACUAUAAGGACGUAGUGAUACCAAAUCUGGGCGGUUGCUCGAAUCUGAUCAAGUUUGAGGACAAAUUCGUGCCUCCGUGGCCACAGAAUACGUACGUCUUGGACAAGUGUGUGGCAAACAGUGAUGGCUUUCCGGACAUUGUUCCUGAGGGGUACUACAAGGUCAAUUUCACCAUGAUGAAUCCCGUGGAUUGGGGAUUCAUUCUCAUUGUGAAGAUAUCCACCAAACUUGUCUGAUUCCACGUGGGCGAUCGCAUUUCUAUGUAUUACUUAAUGUACCUAUACUAUAUACGUUAUAUAUCAUGUAGAAAGUAGUUGGCAUAAAUAUCAAUAAAAUCAGUAUCAAAGAC